AGAUAGAUAACGCAUAACGCAUCAAAGUUGACCCCACAACUUUUUUUCUUAGGAAUAAUCAUCGCGCACGAGUAUGUAUUCAUUGAGGAGUGGAGAAGUGACAGGACACAAGCACGUGGACUUGGCAGGGAUUACAACUGUGGGACAGCCAGCCACCAGGAGGAUGAACAAGGAGAGGUGAGUGUAUAUGUGUAAAUGCCUGGUGCAUGUCUGAUAUAUGCUCUGGUAUAGGAAUGCUAGUUUCAGUUUGCAACGCUUUUGCGCUACGUUUGCUUUUCCACGUUGGUCCUGGGGUGCAGAUGAGCGAGCGAACGAAGUUAGAAUACGUGCAAUAUGUUCAAUACAUGCGUUUUUCCUCCGAAAGUAAAAGCGAGAGCCCCCCUUAUAAUUAGGUGUUUCCGUGUUGCGCUACACGAUCAAUGAUUUUUUUAGGUGGCUGAUUCUGAUAUUGUAUAGGCAAUUUGGCGCGUCGUUUUGUAUUUCCCAUUGGUGCGGUACGAAGAUGAAGUGUGCUAGUAGUGUGCUACACCGAUUUAAAAUUGUCGCUUUCAUCUUCUGUGAUUUUGCUCUUGCGCAGAAGCGUUGUGUCAACGCGACUUCAGCCGAUGGCUCUAGAGAACUAUCGACGAUUGGCAAGUAUGUUGCGCACU